ACACAUCACUUGGCUAUCAUCAACUUGAACAUCAUUCAAUUUCAAUCAAGGUCUUCUGGCUAGAGGUUCUCGUCCCAAAAACCACCACUACCAAACCAUCGAUCAUGGCUAGCAUUGACGAAGAACCAGCUAUAGGAGACGUUCCAGAUGAAUAUGAUGAAGCUGAUCCACAAAAGGCAUUGGAGGACAGUAGUGAAGAAGAAGAAGAAGGAAGCGAAGAGGAGCGGGCUGUACGAGAAGGAUUUAUUGCGGAUGAAGAGGAGGAAGAAGAGGAAGAAGAGGAAGAUUAUUCUUCUCGAAAACGGAAACGGAAACAUAAACAUCGUCAUAAACACAAAGACCGUAAAAAACAUCGAUCUGUCGCAAUCGAAGCUGAAGACGAAGAAGAAGGCUUGGAUGAAGACGAUUUAGAGCUAUUGGCUGAGAACACUGGUACGGCUUCAAGGAAGCCAAAGCGGCGUCUUCGGCGUGCAGGAUCGGUAGCCUCCGACGAUCUCGAUUUAGACCAUGAUGACGAUCUUCACCGGAUAUUCGAUGACGAGGAUGAGCCUGCUGUACCUCGUCGUCGAGACGGCCUUGGUGUGGAUGAUGAAUUAGAUGACUUUAUUGAAGAAGAUGAGUUUCCCGAAGACGAAGCGCUUCCUCGACAAAAGUCAACCAAGCGCAAAAGCAAGGCGUCUUCUGUGCGUGUAGAUGCUGGGAGACAGAAACAGGCUGGUCGUCUUAUGGGUGCCCUUGCUCCUGACGUAUCCGGGAUCGACCCAGACGCAUGGGAUGAAGUGAUGGAAGUCUUUGGGAAUGGUGAAGACUACGAAUGGGCUCUCGAGCUGGACGAAUACGAAGAUCUAGGCGCAGAUGGCGGACAAGCUGAAUACGAUGCUGACGGCGCCUUUAAUAGGUCAACAGCUGUUCAACUGAAGGACAUCUUCGAACCUAGCCAAAUCAAAGACCGAAUGCUUACCGAGGCUGAUGAAGCCAUCCGACUUUUGGACAUCCCAGAGCGUACUCAGUUGGCCUCCUCCACUCUAGCGAAUGCCACAUCGACUGAACCGCUCUUGACUUCUGAGGAGCUCGACCGCGCUGCAGAGUGGGUUUCACAGCGGAUCUCUGAAAGGUGUAAUACACUUUUCCUUCAGAAGGAUCGCCAUGGUUUCUUCCCGAUCUUGAAGGAGCCUUUCAUAGUUUCGAUAAAAGACGUAUUGGAAUUCUUUCUCGCCAAGUAUCUUGAAGUGCCAUUUGUUUUUAUGAAUCGACAAGACUAUAUCACCCAUCAUACAUCAGACAACCAAGGCAAUGAAACCAAUGUCCAAUAUCUUAGUCGAGAUGAAUUAUGGAAAGUCCACACACUUUCUCUCAAGUACGUUGCUCUCCUCGAUCGCAAAAAGGGUCUGAGGAGAUUAUUCGACAAGUUGGACGCUGAGGAUGAUUACUUUGAGGAAUGUUAUGGACGGAUUCAAAGUGUUGAAGAAGUUUCCGAUCUUAUGCAAUGGCUCACGCUCAAAUAUGGCUCUCGAUUACGGGAAGCACAAGCUGAUGUUCGAGAGGAUGCCGAUGCACUCGCUGCCGAUAUUAUUCCCGAUGGUAUGAGAAAUGCCAAUGCCUCAGAUAAACCGGUCAGAUACAAGAAAGCUUCCAGAGAGAGUAGAUACGAACGAGCGAAAGGCAGCGUCGUCAGUAAACUAGCUUCAGAUUUGGGUAUCUCUUCCAGGGAUCUCUCUGCAGACUUUUUAGCACGAAACCGGCAACACUUUCCAGAUGACCCUCCAUUACCACCAGCGGUCUAUGCAGAAGAGUUUGCUCAGCCAGAGACUGAAUUUAAUGAUUCGCGUAAGGCAUUGGAAGCUGCAAAGUUGAUUGUAAGCACGGAUAUCGGGCGUGACCCCAUGCUCAAAAAGCAUGUCCGUCAAUUGUUUCGACAGCAUGGUGUUGUCACUGUGACACCUACAGACGGUGGAAUGUCGAAAAUUACUGAGCUACAUCCCUACUACGCUUUCAAAUACUUAGGGCAGAAGCCGUUCUCUGGCCUCAAACAAUCAUCUCAGUAUCUUCAGAUUAUGGCAGCUGAACAAGAGCUACUCGUCAAUGUGCAAGUCCAUCUGAAUCCUGAAACGGACAACACCUUCAAGACCGAAAUGAUGAACACAUACAAGUCUGAUUUUACAAGCGAGUUGGCCACAAGUUGGAAUGAGUUGAGAGAAGAAAUCUUGUUGCAUGCGAUUGAACACAUGUUGCUGCCGGACGCCGCAAGAUGGGCAAAAAAUUAUCUCAAGGAUGAAGCAGAGGAAUAUGUGGCCCAGCGAUGUGCUGAAGAACUUGAAGAACGCAUUGAUGUCGCACCUUAUCGACCGGCACAUUUUUUGGACGACGGAGAGGUGCCAUCAGUGGUAGCUAUAUCCAAUGGGGCCGGAGAUCCUCGACGUGACUCUACUUUUGUGAUUUACCUGGACGACGCGGGAAGAUUUCGUGACCACAUGAAACUUGAUAAUCUGCGCGAUCCAACCCCUCGACAAGAUUUAUCAGACUUUUUGCAAAAACGGACUCCCGAUGUGAUCGUUGUCGGGGGCUUUAGUGCCUCAACGAAUAGGCUGUUGAACGAUGUCAAGGCAGUCGCCCAUGAAUUGUCAGAAAAAAUGAAAAAUGAAUUACAGUCAUCUGGUGAAAUGAAUGAUGAAGCAUUAAGUCGUAUGGGGUUUCCCGUCAUCGUUGCUAGGGACGACACUGCAAGAUUGUGUCAGCAGACUAAACUUGGUGAGGACGACUUUGGUGGGCUGCCUGCCAUUGGAAGAUACUGCAUCGCUCUGGCAAGAUACGUUCAGAGUCCGUUAAACGAAUAUGCCGCGGCUGGACAAGAUAUCACAGCAAUUUCAUUCCACCCUGACCAACAGUUUCUGCCCAAGGAUCUUCUCCAAGUAUACCUCGAGCGAGCUUUGGUCAAUAUAGUUAACUCCGUGGGUGUCGAUAUCAACCGUGCUGUCAACGAUCACUAUUAUCAACAUCUCCUUCAAUACGUCUGUGGUCUUGGUCCCCGUAAGGCACAAAAGUUGAUCAAGAUGAUCAACGCAAAAUCCUCUGAAGGUACUCUGAUAUCAAGGAACGAGUUGAUAACGGAGGAACUGGUGACGAAGAACAUAUUUUACAACUGUGCUGGUUUCCUUAGAAUCAAGCAGGGAGAUCUGACUACGGCGCGAGAAACAGAACCGGAUAUCCUUGAUGACACACGUAUACAUCCAGAAGAUUACUAUGUCGCGCGCAAAAUGGCUGCUGAUGCUCAAGAGCUAGACGAAGAGGACUUGGCCGAGCAGCCUCCGUCACAAGUCGUCAGUGAUCUACUGGCAGCCGAUUCAGGGAAUGGAGCUGCGAAGUUGGAUGAUCUCAAUCUGGACGACUUUGCGGUAGAGCUGCUAAGAUUGUUGAACGUACGAAAGCGACUGACGUUGUAUCAGAUUCGUACGGAGCUUCAAAAGCCGUACGCGGAGAAGCGUUCCACUUUUGAUGCAUUGACGCCAGAGCAAAUGUUCGACCUCUGGACAGGUGAAAACGAAGCCACCCUGUCGCGCGGUUCAGUGAUCCCUGUGAAAAUCACGAAGUCUCGCGAUCGAGGUCUAACAGUCCGUCUCGAUUCCGGAAUUGAAGGUUUCAUUGAACAGAGAUACAUGGUCGAAGAAGGAACUCCCGACAUGAGCAAAUUUCCGGUGGGAUCUACUAUACAAGCUCUAGUGAUGGAAAUUCACAAAGAUCGGUUUAUGGUUGAGCUCAAUUCACAGCCAACGGCUGUGGCGGCAGCUGCAGGCCAACAAAAGAAAGUCAAGACCGAUGAUCACUUUGAUGAGAUUCAAAUGCAGAUGGAUAAGGACCGCUUAGAAUCCAGGAAGAAGAUUGGCAGCCGUCGAACCCAACGAGUAAUCAAACAUCCUAACUUUCAUAACUUCAACUCUGGUCAAGCUGAACAACAUCUAGCGAACCAGCAGCGAGGUGACUGUGUGAUUAGACCAAGUUCAAAGGGAACUGAUCAUCUGGCCGUUACAUGGAAAGUUGACACUGGAGUUUAUCAGCAUAUCGACGUUUUGGAAUUGGACAAGCAGAAUGAAUUCUCUCUGGGCCGCACCUUGAAGAUUGGAGGGCGAUAUUCCUAUUCGGAUUUAGAUGAGCUGAUCGUAUCUCAUGUGCGAGCAAUGGCCAGAAAAGUCGAGGAGAUGAUCGCCCACGAAAGGUACAAAUCCACCCCCGAAGAAAUGUCAAAGUAUCUCAACACGUAUUUGAUGGCAAACCCCGAUAGGUCCGUGUAUGCAUUCUGCAUUGACAAGGAUACGCCAGGUUGUUUUUUUCUCGGGUUCAAGGCCGAUAAAAACACACCCAUGCAGAAAUGGACCGUCAAAGUGUCCCCGGGCGCAUAUGAAUUAAAUGGGACUCAAGCUGGUGACAUGCUUUCGCUUUGCAAUGCAUUCAAGACACAAUACACCGCAAGAUCCGCCCUUCCAGCAGGACAGGGCCGCGUAGACGUGUACGGACGCCAGACACCUAUGCUCAAUGGCCGAACACCGAUCAACGGAGGUCGAACACCAUUGAUAGGAGGUAGAACUCCAAUGCUUGGUAACCGGACGCCUCUCGCCACGCCUCGAUACACCGGUACUCCUCAACACGCACCUCCGCCACCCGCACCCCAGACGAUUUCUACACCGCGUUAUUCAGGCGGCCUAACACCUGCGCCCCCGCCUCCGACCGCUUGGAAUCCCGGAACGCCGCAUGCGGGGUAUGCCCCUCCACCGCCACCAGGUCCUCCAAGAGCCGGCUACCCGAUGAAUCAAACCCCACUUCGAUAUCCUGGCCCUCUUCCUCCAGGCAUGCCCCCGCCUCCACCACAGACUUGGGGACCUCCCCCUGCGCGUCAGCAUUACCCCUAGAGUUGACCAGCGAAUUUGGACGCCCAAGCAUGACUAAGCAGGGAUCUUUUCUCGAACCGAUCUACGAAUUAUCGACAGUCAACUGGGCCGAGUAUUGAAUGCAUGCUAUGUAGUGUAUCACAUCACUCGAGAUUUGCGUCCAUGUGAGGUAGUCUCUUGCACUCAUACUUGUUCAAGAAGGCGGUAGCUCAGUGGCUGUGUUGAGUGAAAGCCAUAUUGCCUGUGAUAAAAAAAUAUGUAUACCUGUAUAUUUUUUCUUCUUUUUUUCCGGUUUGUUAGUAGAGUGUAUAUGACUAGAAGUAAUCAGAAAUGGAUCGAAGGUUAACGUU